AUUCGACGUAUUAUAUUCUUGUAUGAGUGCUUGGAUUUUUAUGUGAUUCCACACCUCGUACAAGAUAUCUGGUUUCGACUAGAAAAUGUCGACCAAGUAGCCCGUGCUUUGAAGCAUCAAGAAAACAUCAAUAAAGCAGUUUUAUCCAAACAUAUACGAAUCCUUUUUAUACCAAAUCCUGAAAAGUUGAACUGUACGGAGUUAGCUAAAGUGGUACUGCGUGACAUACUAAGGUAUGAAAAUGUAGCUGAUAUCCACGCGUUGGCUUGGAUAAAGGGCGCAGGCACUAAUAAGGACGGCACUGUUAAUAUUCGUGCUGAGAUGAGUUAUUCCUUUUGGGAGUACUUCAUAUCUAAGGGCAAAAAUUAUUUGCAAAUCUACAAUCGCACAAACAAAAGUCAUGUGAAGAUCCAACGUGAACGUACUUUGCCGAUUGCGGAUAUGGAUAACCUAAGUCUUUAUCUACGUAAGAAAAUACGUGACUACUGUUCCUUUCAUCAUUAUCCUAUUCCGGAAGUCAACGUUAAAAAUGGCUUUAUAACUAUGAAGAACAAGGAAGCAUCGGAAGGAGUAACUAUGAAGGCAACUAUCUUGGCAAUCAAAUUAGGCUGGAAAUAUACUGAUUGGAAAGGCAUACCUAUACUUAAAUUGCUAACGGAAGAGGAGCGGAAAGAUUACGAAGAUGGCAAAAUCCCAUGGAACAGUUACACCUUAGAGUCGCUGUUAUCUUUGGAAAAUAACCCGGUCAACGAUACCGUAGAAGGGGAUCGACAUAAUCGUAAAAGAGAGGGAUCUGGCCAAAAGCAUGUAAAUCCCAAGAUCCCACGUAGGGAAGCCAGUCCCGAAGAAGAAGAGAAUGUCUAA